AUGUGGGCGUUGAAGAUCCCCGGAAAAGUGAUUGAAUACAUAAAGUAUCGCUUUGGCUGCGUACUAAUAAAGAAUAAGGGCAACGAGGAAGCUGUAAGAAGAGAGAUUUUAAAUAUAGUUCCACACGCCUUCGAUGACCAUUCCAAUUGCUGUCGUUCUUGGUGCGGAUUCGUUGACAAUCUCGAAAAAUACAAGCACAAGAUUCUGCCAGACGGAAAAGGUUUGACCGAUGUGAACAUGAGAGCUUCCCUCACUGCGACUUUGACAAAGUUUGCAGCUAACUCAAAACGUCUUGCUCCCUGUGGUUCGACCCAAGCAAACGAGUCAUUCCACAACAUAUCUCUCAGCAAAACCACUAAACGAUGUCAUUAUGGUGGAUCAGAGUCGAAUGAUUUUCGUGUGGCUUCAGCGGUGUGCCAAAAAAAUCACGGAACUUCUUACGUGGUAGAAACCAAUACGAAGCUUUCCCUGUCACCGGGUAAAUAUACAAAAACUCAUCGAGAAAAGAAGGACAAAAUGCGAAUCAGACGAGGCCUUGCUGCUACAACCGUUGAGAAGAAGCGUCGUCGUUUAAGCGUUGAAGAAGGAGUGCUGUAUCGAAAUGGCGUGAAGAUGGCUACGAAAUCGCGGACUUUGACAAUAAAAUCGUUUAUAGAUUUCUUGUCACCUGGACCGGUAAUACUCAUUGCCCACAACGGGGGACGAUUCGAUGCUCCUUUACUCAUCAAACAAGUACAAAUUUUGGAAUUGAUGGACAAUUUUCUCUCUGUAGUCUGCGGAUUUUAUGAUACGCUGCCUCUUUUAAAAAAAUUAUUACCAGAUAGAGUAAAAAGUAAAGGAUCUUUCAGUCAAACAGCUUUGGCUGAGGAUUUCAUUGCAAUCGGAUCAUCAGCCGGUGCUCACAGUAGUAUGGUCAACGUGAUUACGUUAGAGAAUAUUGUGAAAAUUGUAGGUGUCACUGAAGAAAAUCUCCGAUCCAAUGCCGUGACUGUUAAAUCAAUAAUCACACAGGAAAUUAAAGCUGGUAUAACCAUCGAAAAUCUGAAAAAAUCACUCCUCGAUGGUGGUGAAAACGUGGUGAUAAUGCUAUUGGGGGUUGAUGUGAACGGUCGACCUCGGGUAACCAAAAAUAAACGCAUUCUGCAAAACUUAAUAACAGUGUUGAAAAAGUGUCCCUGA